UUUCCCAUCGUCUUCAACACUAGUUCACACCAUGCUGCUGCGACGGAACCUCUCCCCCAAACCCUUCUCUCUUCUCCACUCAAUCACCGCCGUCCCCUUCUCCACCUCCACCUCCUCCGCCGUCGAUUUCCUCCACUCCUACACCGUCACCCCUCCGAUCCAAGACUGGCCCCACCACCUCCACCCAAAGCGCCUCAUCUCCCUCAUCACCCGCGAGCCCAAACUCGACCUCGCCCUCCAAAUCUUCCACCACGCCUCCAAAUACCACCCCGGCAACGAUUAUGACACCUACCACGCCAUCAUCCGCCGCCUCCUCCGCUCCCGCGCUUUUCACCUCAUCGACCCCCUCCUCUCCGACCUCCGCGCCUCCAAUCUCCGAUGCAGCGAAGACCUCUUCAUCUCCCUAAUCCGCAACUACGGCGUCGUUUCACGCCCCAAACUCGCAUUCAAGACAUUUAUCACCAUUCCGAAAUUCGGCGUCAAGCGAUCCGUGAGGUCCUUGAAUGCUUUGCUGAACGCUUUGGUUCAGAAUCACGAGUACAGAUUGGUUCACUCGGUGUUUCGGAACUGUAGGGAGAGGUUCGGGGUGGCGCCGAAUGUGUUUAGUUGUAAUAUAUUGAUCAAAGCACUGUGCAAGAGAAAUGAUUUGGAGACUGCACACCAGGUGCUCGACGAAAUGCCUGCGAUGGGAUUUGUGCCCAAUGUGGUGACUUUUACUACCAUUUUGGGUGGUUAUGUGUCGCGGCGCGAUAUGGUUGGUGCCAAGAGGGUGUUUGGUGAGAUUUUGGACAGAGGGUGGUUUCCUGAUGUGACUACAUAUACUAUAUUGAUGGAUGGGUAUGUGAAGCAGGGGAAGCUGGCUGAGGCUAUUAAGGUCAUGGAUGAGAUGGAGGAUAAUGGGGUUGGCGCCAAUGAGGUUACUUAUGGGGUUAUGAUUGAAGCUUAUUGUAAGGAGAAGAAGUCGGGUGAAGCGGUUAAUUUGCUUGAUGAUAUGGUGCAGAAGAGGUAUAUACCGAGCUCGGCGCUCUGUUGUAAGGUGAUUGAUGUGUUGUGUUGCGAAGGGAAGGUGGAGGAUGCUUGUGUACUGUGGAAGAGGCUUUUGAAGAAGAAUUGCAGGCCGGAUAAUGCCGUAUUGGGCACACUCAUAUACUGGCUUUGUAAGAAGGGAGAAGUGUGGGAAGCCAGGAAAUUGUUUGAUCAGUUUGAGACGAGUGAGCCUCCGGACGUCAUGACUUACAACGUGCUUAUUUCUGGAAUGUGUGAAGUGGGGGAGUUGUGUGAGGCAGGGAGGUUAUGGGAUGACAUGGUGGAGAAAGGAUAUUCUCCGAAUUCAUUUACAUAUAAUGUAUUGAUCAAAGGAUUCUGUAAGAUUGGAAAAGCGAAGGAGGGAAUUAGGAUUUUGGACGAGAUAUUCGAAAAAGGCUGUUUGCCAAACAAGUCUACUUAUGCUAUGUUGAUUGAGGGGCUCUGUGAUUCAGGAGAGGAAGCUGAAAUCACUACAGUAAUAUCUAUGGCAAUGUCAAGUGGACACAUUGACAGUGAUUCCUGGGAGCUUUUCCUUACAAAGGUUAUUGGUGAUUUGGAUUCUGGGGAAAGUGUUCUAAACAGAAUACUGCUGGAGAAUGCUGAUUAGAGCCCCAGACCUUGUGGCCUUGGAAUAUGCUGACCUUGAUCUCAAUAACAAUGUUUCUCAGGUGUUCCUUAUUGGAGUCAAGUCUUCAGGACCGAAGAUGGGCACUGAUGGUGGAUAUUGGAAGGGGUUCAGUUUUGAUCAUCUAGCUGAAGCUGCAAAUCCAAUUGAUACACUAGAAACUUUGCUGGAUCAUGACUUUCAAAACAGCCAAAGAGAUUGUAAAAGCCAUUGUAGGAAACUUGGAGAGUGAAGAGAUCAGUUGACAUGCUCAACCAGGAUGACAUUUGAUUCUUGCCACUGGUAUGUGUAGAUAAAAUUGUUUAUAAAAAAAAAUCAAGAAUACUCUGAAUAUAUAUAUAUCGAUGUUGACCCCAGUCAAGUUGUUUUACAGCUUUUCUGAGUUUCCAUUCAAAGGCCAGACCAAGUGUCCUUGAAGAUGUUUCUUAUAUCUUAUCCAGUAGCAGUAGUAGUACUAUUAAAAAUUCUAUGUAUUAUUUUAGAUGGUUUUGGUCUUCUGCUUCCCUAUUAAUACACCUGCAUAUUCAUGCAAGUAUCGCUCAAUAUGUGUUGUUUGCCUGUUUUAUAUUAGCUUAAGCUAGCUUUCAUUUUGGACAUGUGGUUCUCCAAUAAUACUUGGUGGAAAUGUGAGUACAUUCACCCAUCAAGAACUUGGUAACAAUACCUAGGGCUCAUUGGCAGGGGGAACAUCCUCAUAUCCUGUAUCUAUGGCUUAUAAGUGGGUUUUGCUCAUUGGCAGCGCUUUUCACUUUUUUGGUCAGUUGUUUGUAUGAUCAUAUGUUCCAAUGUUUAGAUUACUAUCUAUUAGCUUGAUUAGUUAUGAUUCUUGUGUUUCUUUUAAACGAUCUUUUAAUUUUGAUGCUCUCUAGAGUUGGAAACUUGGAAUUUAAAUGCUCUUAGUAAAGAAGGAAGUUUGAUCAUGAUUUUAUUAACCAUGACUGCUGGAGCAAUGAGUCGCUCUGCAUACACAAAACCCAAAAACUAAGCAGCAAUUGUUUGUUCAUUAGCAUAUUAUCAGUACUUUUAAAUCGAGUUUGAAAUAUGGCAACUGCUAUAUGCUUUGGGAAAGCUUAGAGCAGAGAAAGCUGCAUGGACAUUAGCCAAAGAAACUGGGUUAAAGCUUACUAGAAUCUGCCCAGGUCUCAUUACUGGCCCUGAAUUUUGCUCUAGAAACCCAACAGCAACAAUAGCAUAUCUCAAAGGAGCCCAAGAGAUGUACCAAAGUGGCGUGCUAGCAACCAUGGAUGUUAUGAGACUGGCAGAAGCACGUGUGUGUGAAUUGUCGAAUAAGAAGCUUACAAUUUAUUAAGUUUUAAAUUUUUGUUUUGGUUUAGUAAGAUUGAGUUUAUAAGCACACUAGAAGGUUUUGGAAGCAUUAGAAAU